AGGGACAUCCCAUCCCUUUGCCAUAUUCUACUGGUUGGAACCCAGUUCAUUCCCCGUGAGGAGGCGGGAUCACAUAAGAUGUGUGGCUAGGGGGUGGGAACACUGGGAGCCAUUCUGGGGUCUGCCAUGCACAUAGGCGGAGAGGAGGCUGUUGGACCUGAGUCUGAACCUAACAGGAGGCCCCGGAAGGUUGUGAGCCAGAGGGAGAUGAUGUCUGAACAGCAUUUCAUGACAACGCUCCCUGGGGACACUGGGAAACAGGCAGGAGGGGCAGUGCCUUUCCCAGAUGCCAGAGCAGCCCCAGGUCUGUUGGAGUUUUCUUGUCUGUCCUGCCCAGCCCUUUGGGGAACCCUUCCCGUGCUAAGUCUGGGCAGGAGCUCCACGGGGUAGCGGCCCAUGGGUUGACAGGCGCUAGAGGGGUUGAUAGGUCUAGACACCUGAAGACACCCUUAGCAAGUAGGUACUAGAAUGACACGCACUGCACAGAUGGGGGCAUGGGGAGGCCCUGAGAGGCACAUGGCUGUCCAGGGGGACAUCACUGGCAAGAAGGAGGAGCCAGGUCUGACCAGCUCUGUGUCCCCAACGCUGGCUUCUGACUCGAGCCAGGCCUCCUCGGGGUCGGUGGGUUGGGCUGUGUUGGUGCAGCUGUGGAUGGCCGUGGUGUUGGGAUGGAGGGUGAGAAGUCAGCGGCCCAGGGGGCCCUUAGGGAGGUCUUGUGUGAGCAGGAAGCCUAGGGAAGGGGUCCCCAGGCAGUGACCUCACUGGGCCCAAGACAACUUGGAACCCUGGUCUCUAGGCACCCAGCUCCUAGAGACAGCCCCCAAUAGCUUGUCUAGAAGGAGCAGCAUGUUUCUCUGCUGUCUGCCUAUCUGCCGGGGCCGCAGUCUCAGCAGAGCCCGCAAGGAGUGCCCUGGACGUAAAGGCGGGCUCCUGUCCCGCUCGAGACGUCUCUGGACAUUCGUGCGGAGGGACACAAAGAGGUCCACUCGGGACACGGAGUCCAUCUCCCCGAGGGAGGAGAAGCUGUGGGGGAACACCAGAGCGGCAGGCAUGGGGAAAAGGCUGGCAUCUUCAGGGACUGUUGGACAAGGAUCAGAGCCAGCACAGGCCCCAGCCCAUAUGCGGGGAGCACAAUCACAUUCAGCAGCUCCUGCACAAGGGCAGGAGACAAGCGGGGCCCCAGGACGGGAGCAGGGAGAGCCAGCCCCUCCUCAGGCUCGGGCAGGAGCCAUGCAGCUGGCUGUCAGCGAACCACCUGAGCAGGGAGAGCCAUCCCCUGCUCCAGCUCCUGCCAGGGCCCUGGGGCAGGCUGAAGUUGUCGCCAGGGAGCAGGGAGAGCCAUCCCCUGCUCCAGAUCCUCCUGGAGCCCUGGAGCCCACUCAGGCCCCAGCAUUGUCCCCGGGAGAGCUCGCUCUCCAACCCCCGUCAUCCCCAGCUCCUGACCCAUCCCUUCCACCUUCUCACUCACCACGACCUCCCUUCCUCUCCCUGCUUCCCCUGUAUGUCUGUUUAGCAUUUUUUUCUUUUCAUUUUGUCUCUUUGUUUGGUGUUUGUAUAAAAUCUGAAAUAGAUUUCUGUUUGAAGAACUCUGCGUUUUCUCCUUUUCAAUGGUACGAUUCCUGAGCAUUAAGUGCAGUCCCAAUGCUCGGUCUCCAUCACCAAUGUCCAGUUGCUGAACAUUCCCUUCACCACAAGGGAAGCCUGUUCCCAAAGCGCUCAUCCCCCAUUCCUCCCUCGCUGCCUGACAACCCCUAAUGUGUGUUCUGGCAGGUUUUGGUCAGUCUUUUCUGGAUGGAUCCGAUAAGCAGUGUCAUGCCAUAGGUGGCCAUCCUAGUCUGCUUCCAUAUUUUCAGAAGCACUGAUCGAUUUUUCAUUUCCCUUUCUACUUGAAUAGCAUUUUUGCCAGCUGAUA